CAUUCUGCUUUGUAGAAUGUUUGAGGGUAGAUCUAGUGCAUACCUUGUUCCUUCUGAUACUGAUAGAAUGUCUGUUUAUUUUCUAGCCACAACAUGCCUAACUGGGGAGGUGGAAACAAGUGCGGUGCAUGUGGAAGGACGGUUUACCAUGCUGAAGAGGUGCAGUGUGAUGGAAAGAGCUAUCAUAAGUGCUGUUUCCUAUGCAUGAUAUGCAGAAAAAACCUGGAUAGUACAACAGUGGCUAUUCAUGAUGAUGAGAUCUACUGCCGAUCCUGCUAUGGGAAAAAAUAUGGACCCAAAGGCUAUGGCUAUGGACAAGGAGCAGGCACCCUGAACAUGGACCGAGGAGAGAGACUGGGCAUUAAACCAGAAGAAGCACAGCAUGCACGUCCAAGUACCAAUUCGAAUCCAUCAAAGUUUGCUCAAAAGUUUGGAGGGGCUGAAAAGUGUCCUAGAUGUGGUGAAUCCGUCUAUGCUGCUGAAAAAAUAAUGGGAGCCGGGAAGGCAUGGCAUAAGAAUUGCUUCAGAUGUGCAAAGUGUGGCAAGAGUCUGGAAUCCACCACUCUGACUGAAAAAGAGGGAGAAAUAUACUGCAAAGCGUGCUAUGCAAAGAAUUUUGGACCUAAAGGGUUUGGCUAUGGCCAAGGAGCUGGUGCCCUAGUACAUGCACAGUGA